AUAGUCACAAAGUUUCCUACUAAACGGCGGCAGGCUUGAUAGCUUCGGGGCAGCUGACACUCCGGACCCGGCCCCCACAAUUUGACUUUAGGCCCGGUUGUUACCCGAUUAAGGAAUGUCUACGUGCCUCACGUCUCGCUUGGCAGCCACGCCAAUGCGAGUUAGUCGCCGUCCUCUGCCAGUACGGGCCAACCUGACCACCGAUGUGCCGCCGAACGUGAAGGAGGCGCGCGAUUGGAUAGCGGCAUGGAAGGCGAGUCAAGGACACACCCCGGCCGCAUCCGUUAUCGCCCCAGCUAACGGAUCAGAAAAUUUGGCUGCAAGUAAUGGCACCCAAGCGCAACCCCCGGAGAUGGCUGCUGCUGCGCAUCCGCCGCAGGAGCCCGUCCUUGCGGCGGACGGAUCUCUCACCUUCAGCAAAGACCUGUUAGACAGCUUCUCGUAUGAGGACAUGAUCAGUCGCAUGCGGCAGAAGGUGGACAUGCAGUAGUGGAAGUUGCUCGGUACAUGGUCUUCCGUACAGUGUCUUCUUGCAUGGCACAUGUUGAUGCGUCUGUGCAUGGGCUACCGAGCCUGUCUUGCAGGGCAAUGCCGGAAGCGGUGUUAACAUCAUACAGCUUAAUGGCACGCACCUGUACGGCAUAGGCUCAUAAGAGGCUGCAUGUUGCGGUCGUCGUACUGGGUUGGGUACCGCAUCAGGGGGGCAGGCCUUGGCCCCUUUUUGCGUUGCUUAUGUUGAUUCGGACCAAAGCGAGCCGUAUCGACCACAAGAGGUCCGGCUUGCUCUGCACAUAUCGGUACAUUCUUGCGUGCAGCCUCAAGCAUGUGCCCUGCAGCACGCACGCACAUGCAAUCAUGCUGGCGGGGCCUUUGUUCGCGUGUUCCUGUUGGGGCUUCACCUGUAUCUUGGCGUGGAAGAUAUUGUUAGUUUGUUCUCGGGCUGCUUAACUGUCUGUGUGCAGCUUGAUGCCCGUCAAAUGGGGCCUAUAUGCAGUACUGGUGGGGGCUGUUGUAUAGAUGUGUGACAGUAGUUUGUUGUACCAGAGAAGACAGCGCACAAUGUGCGGAUGUAUGCAUGGUUGUAUUGUACCUUUUGUACGUGCCCCUCAUUCCCUUCGAUUUCGUAGCUCGUCUAUGCUUGUCGCACUGUUGCAUUUUAAGACAGUAGUCGAUAGAUGGCGGCAAGGGUGCAAACUUGGAGAUCCUGCAUCACCUGCGGAUCCCAUCAGCCCAGGACUGUACCCUUGCAAGCCUUGUGUUUUUUCGACAUGUUCGUGUUCUUGUGGUGCUGAGUCACCCUGAAGGGUUGGAAGGGUAUAGGGUUCUGCAUUUCAUGUUUCUCUUUGUUGCUUUGCGUACUGCAGGGUCUGCCUCUGCAGUGCACUGAAUCAGAGUACUGGUUUACUGGUAGUUGGCGUUUGUUACAGCGUGUUGCUUGUGCCGAGAAAGCAUUCAACGAUGUACCAUCGAUUGCUUUGUUGGAUGGUAGCACGUAGCACAGGUCCUGUUACGGCUGGCCAGGACUGUGGGCUAUUUUGAAACCUGCGGUUGUACCGUAUGCUUGGCGUGUAAGCUAUAAACUCCACCU